CGGCGGGGGAGGAGGGGUUCGAGGACAGCGAGGAGGAGAGGAGGGCAGUCGAGGGUGGAGAUGAUGAUGGUGAGAGUGAUGCACAGGACAUGGAGGUGCGGCGAGAGACGGAGCGCGCCAGGGGAAAGAUGAGGAGGGAGAAGGCCGUUGACGAGGAUAGCACCCUUGACGAGGACGACGGCGACGACGAUGACGAAGAGGGAGCAGAUCUUGGGGCCGAUGGCCGUCGUGGCCAAGAGGGGCAGCCAAGGCGAUGAAGGCGGCUGCGGGAUCGAAGAAGAGAAAGAGGAAGGCGAAGAUGACUGCCACUGAGGCGAGAUCAGCACCUUCUCAGCCGAAGAAGAGCAAAGUUCUUCGACAGACGUCCAUGCUGGAAACCUUCGAUCCGGUGUGGCAACAAGAAUUCUCCGACUCCCUCCUGCAGUGGUGGUACGUGAGCGGCAUCCCAUUCGAGGAGGCGAGGAGGCCAGAGUGUCAUAUGAUGAGGAAGAAGUUGCUCGAGUGUCCGUCGUAUGCACAUCCGGCAUUACCCACGUACCGUGUCAUCUCCUGCGACGGCAUCCCUCAACAGCACCUUGUUGUGGCGGACAUGGUGGUGGCCAUCCGCAGGGACAUUGAGGCGACGGGAGUGACCAUCCUCACGGAUGGUCGCAAGUCCAUCACGAGCGACCAGAUAGUCAACUUCCUUGCUGCUGGGCCCAUGGGCGCGUACCUUUUCAGGACUGUGCAGAGGGACGGUGCUGUUCAGGAGACAGCAGAGGCCGAUGGGAGUGACGGGAGCCUUGGGAAGAGGGAGGACACCAUCAUCAGGGCUCGAGCUGUCGUGCGUUUCAUCAGAGAACACGGGGUGGCUCUGAGCCUUUAUCGAUGGUUCUCUGCCGCCCACCGCUCUUCCGCCUCCGCGGCGGCGGGCAGUUCCAGCUCUGCGCCACCCCGGUCUCAGCGACGAGGCAGGGAGCUUGUGUAUCCUGUGCAGACGAGGUUUGCCACCCACUACUUGAUGCUAGAGAGGUUGCUGGAUCGUCACAGAGCGUUGGAGGCGUUGAUGAUGAGCGACGAUUGGCUGCGGACUGCAUGGAGGAGGUCCAUUUUUCUGCAGGCUAGGUGGGUGCGUCAUCAGGUGCGGUACGCGCCAUUCUGGGAGCACGUGGAGGACAUCGUGACGCUGAUGACGCCUGUGAUGCAGUUGCUACGGCGUUUGGACAGGGGGGGGUGCGUGAUGACUCGCAUGUGGUCGUCGGGUUUUGUCAUGGUCGACAGGGUGGCGAGAGCGAUCCUGAACAGGACGUCGAAGGAUGAGCUCCACAUCCACGAGCGGACACUGGCAGACGAGUCGCUGCGAUACCUUCGCCAGCAGACUGGUGGUGACGAGGAUUUGUAUCAGACGUUGCGCACGCAGCUCCCGGAGUUUCAUUCUCGGGAGUGCGAUUGGACGUAUGGAGGUGUUGAGGGAGAUAGGGAUGCGGCCUCCUGCAGAGGGGAGAAGGAGACGUCACAAGUGAGGCAGUGGUGGGUCCAUCACGGAGACGGGGUCCCUCUCCUUCAGAGUAUCGCCAUUUGCCUGACGCACACAUGGACGUGCGCCUCUCCGACGGAGAGGAAUCGGGCCGUCCAUGAGCGUGUUCAGGUGAAGACUCGUAACCAGCUUGGUUUCAUCAAGCUGACUCGUUUGGUAGAGAUAUCCACCAACUUGAGAUUGAGUCGYUGUCAGGGGAGGGGUUCAGGGUACGUUCUUCCAUGGGAGGACGCUGAGAAGGAGACAAAGGACGCUAUUCCUCCGCCUCAUGAUGAGGGUGUUCGGCCAGCUGACCGAGUCACCGAGGCACAGCGCGACCGGCAGGUCCAGCGUGGGCGGAAGGAUCGCCUUUCAAAGGCACCUCCCAGCGUCGAGACGUAUUUCGGUCGUCGCGCCACGGUGCUCAUGGCAACUGAGUUGGAGUCAGUGUACGAUCCCAAGCCUGAUCCCAUGGCUCUGGAUGCGAUGGAGGCCGAGCCGUGGUCCGAUCCGGACGACCUGGCCGUGGAGUCAGAGCCUGGAGGUUCCGAUGACGAUGACGACGACACUCCUCUCAUCCAGAUUUCGCGUCCUCGCACACGUGCAUCCACGACGGUCGCUGCACCGUCUCCCGCAGCACGCCCUCCUUCGAGUGCUCCCAACGUCUCGCUACGAGGCCCGGCGGACCGUGUUGAGAGCACGACGCCACACCCUUCGACUGAUCGUCGCAGACAGGGAGGGACUCGAGAGCGCGUUGACGAGGGAGACGACGGCGACGGCGACGACAGGGAGGGAUAUGAGGGCAGCAGUGAGGAUGAGGGUGAUCCCUGUUAUUCCCCGAUGCGCGGACAUGGUGACGACGACGACGACGAGGGUGGCGACGGUGGACAGCCUGUUGGUGGUUUGCGGAAGUCAGAGAGACAGCGUGGCGACCGAUGCAGUGGUGCAGGCAGGGGAGGCAGCGGGCCAGGUGUUGGGGGUGCAGAGCACACAGGUGGUGCAGGACAUGCUGGCAGAGGACAAGUAAGCGGCAGCGCGUCUGCGGAGGGCGCAGGCGGGUUUGCAGGUGUUGGUGGCGAGGGUGUACAGGUUGGGAGGCCAUCUGCACAGUUGGGUGCCAGUUUCAGCGACAACAUUUUUUAUGUUUCGCUAGGGUUUCCUCCGACACUUGCAGGGGAGUGUGUUGGUGCCGAUGCGGACGCAGCGACCACGCCCGUCAGUCAGAUACUUCGUGGAAUACCUUCAUGCAGCGCGAGCGACAUCAAUAGUAGCAUGUUGCAGGAGGCAGCAGAGGGGACACAAGGAGCGGGCGACAGAGUCAGAGCAAGACAGGAUCGUCCUCGAGGAGAGGAGGACGGCCCAAGGUUGGCUAGCCACUGCGAGAUGACGCAGAGCAUUGCAUCGAGGGCACGUGUAGCGCGGAUGCUCAAGACGGGCGUUGCGGCAGGCGAUGCAGAGGUCGAGUGCGGCGGUGCGGGCGGAGGGGAUGCAGGCGAGAGACCUGAGUUGCCAGUUCAGGGUGUUUGCGUAUUGCCUCUCGGUGGGGCCAUGUCGGCGGGGGAGUUGGAGUGGCAGGCACGGGAGGACCCAUUGCAAGCAGAUCGCCGCGGGCGGAUGGCCAAGGCAUCAAGGGAGUUGAUGGCAGAGGGCCCAGCUUUCGUGCCUUGCAGCCCGUCAGUGCCAUCGUCCACCACAGGUGUCAGCGCACCCGCACAUGUGGAGGGUCCAGGCGCGGCAGAGGCGGACGGGGCCCCUCGCCGACACCCAUUGGGGAGUCUCCGGCGUACAGCGGGUACGGGCGACCACGCCGAGUGCAGUGCGUCCCCCAGAAAGAGCAUGGCUGCACGUAUAUUGGGGGACGAUGUGAGGGCAGUGACAGCGCAACGAUCGUCACAGGCAUCAGUCGUUUGGGAGUCUGGCACAGACGAUUUGGAGAUGCCUUAUGGCCAGCGAAGGAGGGUUUUCGUGUACGAUCUUCUUCGGCCACAGGGAGGGGUUGAGGCGGCGCCACAGGGGGAGAUUCAUGCUCCGGAUAUUGCGCACGCGCCGGGAGGCGGCACAGGUCGUGGGGAUGGUGUCACAGGUGUGGUGCCGCAGAGGAGGAGGAAGCACAUUGUGGACGAUGAUGAUGCAUAGUUCUACCAUUAGUCUUCUUUCAUCCUCUGUUUCGUAGUAGUGUACAGUAUAUUUAGUGCUUCGGACGAG